AUGGCCUCGCAAGAUCUGCGGUAUGACGGCCAGGUCGUCGUGGUAACGGGUGCUGGCGGUGGUCUUGGUCGCGAAUAUGCCAUCUUCUUCGGCAGCCGCGGCGCGAGCGUGGUGGUGAAUGAUCUUGGUGCUAGCUUCAAGGGCGAGGGCGCGGGUUCGUCGGCCGCAGACAAAGUCGUAAACGAGAUCCGCUCCGCAGGCGGCAAGGCGGUCGCCAACUACGACUCAGUCGAGAAUGGAGAGGCCAUCAUCAAGACGGCCAUUGACGCCUUUGGCCGCAUCGAUGUCCUCAUCAACAACGCCGGUAUUCUACGGGAUGUCAGCUUCAAGAACAUGAAGCAGGUGGACUGGGACCUCAUCUACAAGGUCCACGUUCUGGGUGCCUACAAGUGCGCGAGGGCCGCAUGGCCUUACUUCCGGAAACAAAAGUAUGGACGCCUGAUUAGCACCGCCUCCGCUGCUGGUCUGUUCGGCUCAUUCGGCCAGACAAACUACUCUGCUGCUAAGCUUGCCCUUGUCGGCUUUACCGAGACGCUCGCAAAGGAGGGCCUCAAGUACAACAUUCUCUGCAAUGUCAUUGCCCCAAUCGCCGCUAGCCGAAUGACCGAGACGGUCAUGCCUCCCGAUGUGCUCGAGAAGCUCAAGCCGGAGUGGAUCGUUCCCCUCGUCGCCGUCCUCACACACAAGUCUUCUACCGAGACGAAUGGAAUAUUCGAGGCUGGUGGUGGUCACAUUGCCAAGUUGCGAUGGGAGCGGGCCUCUGGUGCCAUCUUGAAGACGGACGAGACCCUGACUCCUAGCGCUGUUGCUGUGAGGUGGAAGGAUAUCGUUGACUUCUCCAAGGCUGACCACCCUGACGGCCCUCUAAACCCAAUGGAGCUCCUCGAGACUGCCAGGCAGCUGCCACCCAACCCCCAGGGUGAGGAGCUCGACUUCAAGGGCAAGGUCGCCCUGGUCACUGGUGGUGGCGCUGGUCUGGGCCGUCUCUACUGCUUGCAAUUGGCCAAGCGUGGUGCAAAGGUUGUUGUCAACGAUCUCGUGAAUCCCGAUGACGUUGUCAAGGAGAUUCAGAAGCUCGGUGGAGAGGCUGUUGGAAACAAGGCCGAUGUCCAGAACGGCGAAGCUGUCGUCAAGACUGCCAUUGAUUCCUAUGGACGCAUCGACAUCCUCAUCAACAAUGCCGGAAUUCUCCGUGACAAGGCAUUUGCCAACAUGACGGAUGAGCAGUGGGACAUCAUCCACAAGAUCCAUCUCUUUGGCACCUACUCUUGCACAAAGGCUGCAUGGCCUUUUAUGCUCAAGCAAAAGUACGGACGCAUUGUGAACACUACCUCGACCAGCGGUAUCUACGGCAACUUUGGUCAGGCCAACUACUCUUCGGCUAAGUGCGGGAUCAUCGGUUUCUCCAAGUCACUUGCUCUCGAAGGCAAGAAGAACAACAUCUUCGUCAACUGCGUUGCUCCUAGUGCUGGCACCCAGAUGACCCGCUCCAUCAUGCCGGAGGAGGUCGUUCAGGCGCUCAAGCCCGACUUCAAUGCUCCUCUCGUUGUCCUCCUCGUCUCCGACAAGGCUCCCCAGCCAACCGGUGGACUGUACGAGAUGGGCUCGGGUUGGUUUGCGCAGACCAGGUGGCAACGAACGGGCGGUCAUGGCUUUCCCAUUGAUGUCAAGCUUACCCCUGAGGCUGUCCUUGCGCAAUGGCAGCGCAUCACCAACUUCGAUGAUGGUCGUGCUGACAACCCGCAUGACAAUGCUAGUGGGCUCAAGUCCAUCAUGGCUAACAUGGAAAACACCAGCAAGAAGGAGAAGAAGGAGAAGAAGUCCAACAAGAGCAACGAGGAGGUUCUCGAGGCUCAAAAGAAGGCUCUGGCUGCCAAGUCGGAGGGAACUCCAUUCGAGUACACUGAGAGGGAUGUCAUUCUCUACAACCUCGGAAUCGGCGCUAAGCGUACUGACCUGCCCUUUGUUUACGAAGGCGACGAGAACUUCCAAGUGAUUCCCACAUUUGGUGUCAUUCCACCCUUCAACGCCGAAGCCCCAUUCAACUUCGACGACAUCGUGCCCAACUUCGACCCGCGCAUGCUCCUCCACGGCGAGCAAUUCCUCGAGAUACGCAAGUUCCCCAUCCCCACCGAAGCCAAACUCAUCGCCAUCCCCAAACUCGUCGAGGUCGUUGACAAGGGCGCCGCCGGCCUCGUCGUCUACGGCUCCACCACAAAGGACGCAAAGACGGGCGAGGAGAUCUUCUACAACGAAAGCACAGUCUUCAUCCGCGGCUCUGGCAACUUUGGUGGCCAGAAGAAGGGUGCCGACCGCGGUCCCGCAACCAAGACUCACAAACCACCCCAGCGCAAGCCGGACGUCGUCAUCGAGGAGAAGACGUCGGAGGAACAAGCCGCCCUCUACCGUCUCUCGGGCGACCUCAACCCCCUGCACAUCGACCCCAAAUUCAGCAAGGCUGGCGGCUUCGAAACCCCCAUCUUGCACGGCCUCGCCUCAUUUGGCGUCAGCGGCAAGCACGUGCUGCAGACAUUUGGGCCGUUUAAGAAUAUCAAGGUCCGCUUUGCCGGUGUCGUGAUUCCGGGCCAGACACUGGUUACCGAGAUGUGGAAGACGGGGAACACGAUUGUGUUCCAGACAAAGGUCAAGGAGACGGGCAAGUUGGCGAUUUCGGGGGCUGGCGCCGAGUUGUUGGGUGGAGGGAGUAAGUUGUAG